CCCAAAAAGCUCCGGUACCGUCCGUUUCAGCCUCCGUCACGCCGCCGUCCCACCCAACUUCUCCGCCCCUCUCCCGCCCUACUUUCGAAUUGUUUCCCCCCCUCUAUAAAACUCUACGCCAUCUCCCCCGGCUACAUAACUUCUUCCUCCUCCAUCUCGAUCUCUUGCAUUUUAACCUCAGCAUUUCAGCCAUGGCGGCGCGGGCGGUUCUACCGAUCUUUUCCCUUGCUCUCGUCCUUCUCUUCUCGGCCAAUUUCGUUCGAAGCGAUGUGGAUUCGUCUGAAUUUUGGCCGGUCGACUCAGUUUCAGCGACUCCUGCUGUCGCUCUCCCUCCAGAGAGUCUCUCCCCGCCGGCAGAAAUCGCCGAUGGCUCUAUUACUAUUCCACCGCCAGAUCUGGCUCCGCCGUCGCCGUACUCGGCGAACGCGGAUCCUCUGUCCAUCCCGUUUUCUCCGUCCAUGUCCCCUGCUCCCGCGGCGGGCGCUCAGAUCGCAAGCGAUGCAACCAACGAGAGCGGCCAAUCGUCGAGCGAAGGCGGAAUGAGCGGCGGGAAGAAGGCCGGAAUAGCGGCCGGAGUGAUUUCCGGUGUGUUUGUGGCAGGGUUGGCAGGGAAGAUUUACAAAAAGCGACAGGACAAUAUCCGCCGGGCGCAUUUCGGGUUCCGCUAAGCUCGGACUUGUGCAAUUGAUCAUCAU